AUGGCAUCUUUCCGACUCCAGGGAUUUCAAUCCGUAGUCCGAGGCCAGACGCGCCUGCUGCGGAACCAGCAGCGUCGUUGGGCGCAGGUUCACGACGUGCGCUUCCUUGCCUCGCAUCACGAUCCCAAGUAUGUCUUGGACAAAUAUCGGUCGAAGCUUGACGAGAAGGCCAAGCAAGAGGGUCAUGAAUCUGUCGAAUCCUUGAAGGAAGCCUAUACCGAAAAGAUCAAAGACCUUCGCUACAAAGCAUCCACCGUCGUAACACCAGAGACCGUGACUCCUUCAUCCAAAGUCACUGGAACACCCCCUCCAUUCCAAGCUUCUCCGACCCCGGAUGCGGACCCCACCGUCAAGGCCGCACGCAAGGCCUCCAGCAGCGAAACCCCUAUCAAACCGCUCAGCACAUACCUAGAUGUCGAGAAGAUUCGCGAGCUUCCAGCCAAAGAAAUCGAAGCCCUGUGGCGCCUCCGCUUCGCAAAUGAUGGCACCUCUAUCACCGCCGCCAUUCCUCUAGACAUAUAUAAGCGUAUCGCCCACGCCGCACGUCACAACCCGCAAUUCGUCCUCCCCCUCCCGCGCCAGCAGACCGACGACAUCGGUCCCGAAGAGGUCGACGCCGACGGCAACCCGCUUGGCUCUGGCGCGGAUAUCCACUUCCUGCAGUGGGCUUUCCACCCGCCGGCGGAGGAGUCUGCUAAGCCUAAGGGCGAGACUGUCAACACCCACACUUCGACUGUGAUCUUCACGCACCUCGGUGCGUAUAAGAUGCAUGGUUCGUAUGCUCAGCCUCAUACUACUGUUACCCACCAUCUCGAUCUGGCGGAUGAUAAGGGACUGGUCCUUAUGCAUGGACAGAUUGUUCCGGAUCGCGGUGUCUCGACUACUGAGGCUACGUGGUUGGUUAGCUGUGUGCAGCGAUUCUAUGACUUCGAGGGCCAGGCUAGUGGCCGGAAGAGUGAGCUGGUGAAGAUGUUCACUCGCGGCGAUGCGGAGAACUUCAAGGUUGAUGAACUCCUCGAGGAGGCUGAGCGCAUCAACUAG